GUUCAAAAUUGACUUUUCCGGAAAGGAUUUACGUAAUCAGCUUGUGUUCAAUGUUGUUUGUGAAUCGGAAUGAAAACAACGACUUAAUAAAUAAAAGUUACAAACACCGAAUACUAAACUCAAUAACGGGAAGAUUUUCUUUAUUGUUCGUCUUGUUUUUGAACUUUAUCAUUUGUCAGCCGCUUCCGGAUGUAAUGACGAAACCGAAAAAGGGGCAGAAACAAAAAAAUUUAAAAGAACCAGUUGAAGAGGAUACGACAGAAAUUGCUAAUGUUGAUUUGGAAGAUGAGGAAGUAAAUUCAGGAUUUGGAAGUUAUCUGAGAUCAUCGACCGGGCAGGAGACGUUGAAACUGUUCGUCAUCGUUAAUUCGCUUGUAAUGUUUUUAACAAUUGCAUGGCCUCAAAUGAAAACUUCUUUUGAAUUCAUUAAGGAAAUUAUAAUUGAAUAUUUUGGUCCGGUUGACUUCCUAUAAACAAGCGAACUUUAUUAAAAAAUUAAUUAAGAUUUCUCCUGUGAAAAUUAAGAAAUAAUUUUUAAAUACUCAAUUACUGCUCAACCAUAUCUAAACAAUGUUUGCACUUCUAUUUCGGGGUUUCUUCUUACUUGGAAUAAUUUCAUGGUAUAGUUAUGGUGUGUGGAAAUUCAUCGAUGAAUAUUUCCGACACGAAUACAAGAAACAUUUGCUUGAUGAGUACAAACGUAAUAAGAACCUUCAGCCUAAAUCGGAAACUUUAACCGGUUUGACACCCACAAUAGAUUUAAAUAGCUUACAAGAAUCAUCUUUGGAUAAUGCUAAUCACUUAGCAAAUUCAGAUGAAGCUGAGAAUUGUGACAAUGACUCAUGUCAAAGCAGCAAAAAAUUGGAUUAUGAUAAUCAGAAGUUAACGAGGGAUGAACGACAAAGACAAGAUGAUGAUGGAUUUGUAAACUACUGGCUUCAACGGAAAACGAAAGAUAAUUCCGAUAAUGAUCUCCAUUGUCGAGUGAAAGAAACCAAUUGUGAAGACAAUUUAUGAACGAUUGGACUACUUCCACAUAUUUAUUAUGUUGCUAUCGAAAUCAUCGACCAUCAUGUACAUAAAUCGUGUCGUCUUACAGAUGAUUAUAAUUAUUAUAAAAAAUUGAAUAAAACCUGUUGAAAAUUUCACUUUUCUCUUGACAAUGUCGAUUACAAUCGAGUUCGUAAAUUCGUUUAUCAUCAUUUUCUCAACCGCAUUAUUUAGUGUGAGAAAUAUGUGAGAAGUGUUUGAUUGAGGCCUGCUUUCAAUCUUUCACAAUGUUUGAUGUUAGAAAAAUUUAAAAAAAGUAUUGUAAACAUUAAAAAAGUGGAAAUUUUAAAUUAUCUUUCGCACAUGAUUCUCAUUUGCUGUAAAUUAAUCAUCAUGACAAGAAGAUCAUAUUUGAUUGCUUUGAUAGUCCGCC